GACUAGAGACAAAACAUCCUCAGCCUAAAAGGAUAUUCAGAGCACCACCACUCCAGUCUUAAGUCUGGCUUUCAAGGAUCAUAGCACCCCGAAACAUGCUCUUGCUUGUGCUGCUGGCAAUGCCAGCAGUUCUGGGCCCCAGCGGCACAGCCGUGGCACUCUCCACUUGCCAAACCUUGGACCUGGAGGUGGCCCGGACACGGCGGGUCCAGGCCGUGCGAGGACAAAUCCUCAGCAAGCUGCAGUUGGUGACGCCACCCAAGGAAGAGGAAGGGGUGCCUGAGCAGCUGCCCCCUGAGGUGAUGUUGCUGUACAACAGUGCACGGGAACUGACACGGGAGCGGGUGGCCUGCGGCGGACGGAGUGCUAGCAGCAGCGAGGAAGAGGAGUACUACGCCAAGGAAGUGCAGCGUGUCGACAUGUUGCCCGCUGGGCAUGCUGACAACUCCAUUGCUAGCACCCAAAACAAUCCCUUCUUCCGCCUUCUACGUUUUGAUGUCUCAGGUGCUGAGCCCAACCGCAGCAGCCUCGUUCGGGCCGAACUGCGUGUCUAUAGAGUUUCAAACCCCCGGGCACAAGCCACGGAGCAGCGCGUGGAGUUGUAUCAGGUGAUAUGGGCAAGGGAGCCUUCAGGACCAACUCAGCGUUAUGUGGGGAGCCGGACAUUGCGGCCAACUGAUCAGGCGCAGUGGGUGUCUUUUGAUGUUACAGAUACCAUCAGCCAGUGGCUGGAUAAAAGAGAGAGAAACUUGGGCUUCAAGUUGGGAGUGCAUUGCCCCUGCUGCACUUACGUCCCUGCUGGAAAUACAAUUAACCCAAACCACAGUGAGGAGUUGGAGGCCCAGUUUGCAGGCUUGGAUGAUGGUCUUAUCAAGGAGGCACGGAAGGGGCGUGCGAGACCCCCAGAUCUCAGUGGCAAAGCUCCCCACCUGAUUCUCACUCUGCUGCCCCCACAUCGGUUAGAACGGUCUUCUAAGGGCCGGCACCGGAGGUCAGCCAACACCCCCAGCUGUGCCAGGAGUACAGAUCAGGGAUGUUGCCUCCACAGCCUGUACAUCGAUUUCCGCAAGGAUCUGAAGUGGAAGUGGAUCCACCAGCCAAAAGGCUACAAGGCAAAUUUCUGCGCAGGGAGCUGCCGUUACGUAUGGAGCACAGACACUCAGUACAACAUGGUGCUCCCCUUGUACAACAAGCUGAACCCCGAGGCCUCUGCUGCCCCUUGUUGUGUUCCCCAUGAACUGGAGCCCUUGACCAUCCUUUACUACGUCGGCCGCUUGCCCAAAGUGCAGCAGCUCAGCAACAUGGUUGUGAAGUCCUGCCGCUGCCGCUGAUGGGGGGCAGGAGACUGGUCUCGCGGAUGAUGGGGAACUCGGCUAAUUGGAGCGGAGGGACAUCCUUAUCUACCCCACUCCCACCUCUCUGUCCCGAGGCC